AUGCCAUCACUCACGGAUGAUGUUAGGAAGCUCAAAACGGAAUUCCCAUAUGCUACUGUCGAGUCUUUAACCUCUAUACCAAAAAAGACUAACUUGAAGGAUUCUACUGCUUUGAAAGAAUUGAGCAAGCUCUCUCAGUUAAUCAAAUCUAACGCCACAAAGUUGGGAAUUAUAUCAACACCAGACAAAAUAUUCAAUAAUGAAGAUUCAUUCAGAAAGCAGUUGAAAGACUUUAUGGAUGUCGUGUUUUAUUUGCUUUCUUUGGUGCCAUUAUUCCAUGAUUCCUAUUACGCCGAUUACUUCGUCGAGAAAGUUGAUCAUGAGAUCGUGUCCUUAAUUCUUAGCGUACACAAGCUAAGUGAUGAGUUAGUUGAGAUUGUUAACUCUGGUGACCAGUACAAAGAUGAAGAAGUAGAUCUUUCUAAAGAUGACAAACUUGCAAAGUUUAUCAAAGAAAGACUAAUAUCUAUCGGUAUGCUAUGGUCUCAGUGUGAUAAUUUAGACUUACUUUCACGCCAAGGAAACUUGGGGCUACUAAAUCAAUACAUGAGCUCUUCCGUAAAAAUAUUACAGGACUCUAUUGAAGAGUUAAGUGAGUGGUUAGAGGAUCCAGUAGUAAACUCAGAUCCUUUCGGCAUGGAUGAUAACUUCAGCGAAGAUGAGGAAGCCAGCGUAGAGGGAAGUAACUCCGAGGAGGUAUCUGAUGAAAUGAUUUCAUUCGUGAACACGCUUUUGCAAAAAUCCAAACUACUCAAACUUUUGCUCGGUUCAUUAUCCAAAUCUAUAGAAAUCAAAAAGGACACUGCGACAACUGCAAGCUCUUUAUCUGAAUUAAAUCAAUUACACAAAUCUAUUGUUUCGAAUUCGGAUAUCGUAAUUUCUUCUACAUUAAUGAAUACGGAUUAUGCUACUGACCCAGAAAUCGAAACAGCAAUGUUGGCAAUUCAAAAUGAUGUCAAAAAGGUUACAAAAAUUGUAACUUCUUUGAAUAAGGCCGAUGAUUCUAAAUUGAAGUGGAUUAAAGUUUGGUCAAAUAAGUGGGAUUCACUUAACUAA